GGGCAUCCUCGAAUUAAUGAAUUCAGGCAAUGUCUUGAUAGCAUUACCUCAUUAAAAGUGGAAAUUAGUGGAUUCAAUAAGAAGCAAAUUCGCUAUAUCAAUAGUAUGUUGAAUGGUAAAGUUGCUGCGGAAAAAAAGAAAAAAGUAGCAACACUUGUUAGCAAAUUCCGUGAGGAAAUUACGAUGCUUAUGAACGAGCUUAAUAAAAAAAAUAAGAAGAUAACGGAAUUAGGAGAAAAAUAUAAAGAUUUAAGUGCGAAAUAUCACGCGAUUAAAAAGGAUCACGAUACUGGUGAUGGUUAUUACACGGAAAGCCGACAAUUGCUUGAAUGCGAAAAUACUAAUUUAGAAUUUUUUGAGGAAAUCGAAGCAAUUACAACCAGAAAUAGUGAGCUGGAAAAUAACCUACAAUUAAUACAGCAACAG